AUUUGUGGAUCUCCCAUGUGGCUGGUGUUGCUUGAAAGGUGUGGCUCUGUGAUAGGCAUGGUAUCUGAAGACUUGCAAGGGGUGUUCUAGUGUGCAUUGAACAUCCUGGAGGAGUCGUCUCUCUGCCCCUAGCUGGUGAGCUCCUGACGUGCUGUGCAAAGAUGGCUUGGGCUCUGAAGCUACCUCUAGCGGAUGAAGUGAUCGAAUCGGGCCUGGUCCAGGAUUUUGAUGCCAGCCUCUCGGGUAUUGGCCAAGAGCUAGGCGCUGGUGCCUAUAGCAUGAGUGAUGUCCUUGCCCUGCCCAUCUUUAAGCAAGAAGAAUCUAGCUUGCCUACUGACAAUGAGAACAAAAUCCUGCCUUUUCAAUAUGUGUUGUGUGCUGCCACUUCCCCUGCUGUGAAACUUCAUGAUGAAACUCUCACGUAUCUCAAUCAAGGUCAAUCUUAUGAAAUCAGAAUGCUGGACAACAGGAAAAUGGGGGAAUUGCCUGAGCUCAAUGGGAAACUUGUAAAGAGUAUAUUUAGAGUGGUGUUCCAUGAUCGGCGGCUUCAGUAUACAGAGCAUCAACAGCUGGAAGGCUGGAGGUGGAACAGGCCUGGGGACAGGAUUCUGGAUAUUGACAUUCCAAUGUCCGUGGGUAUAAUCGAUCCCAGGGCAAACCCGACACAAUUGAAUACCGUUGAGUUUCUUUGGGAUCCUUCAAAGAGGACAUCUGUGUUUAUUCAGGUGCACUGCAUCAGUACAGAGUUCACCAUGAGGAAGCAUGGUGGCGAGAAGGGUGUGCCAUUCAGAGUCCAGAUUGACACCUUUAAGGAGAAUGAGAAUGGGGAAUACACAGAGCAUCUGCACUCUGCCAGCUGCCAGAUCAAAGUCUUUAAGCCCAAAGGAGCUGAUAGGAAGCAAAAGACGGACAGAGAGAAGAUGGAGAAGAGGACUCCUCAUGAGAAAGAAAAGUACCAGCCUUCCUAUGAAACUACAAUACUUACGGAGUGCUCUCCUUGGCCUGAGAUCACCUAUGUCAAUAACGUGCCAUCCCCUGGUUUUAGCAGUUCUCACAGCAGUUUCUCUAUCAGUGAAGGAAAUGGGUCUCCAAACCACCAGCCUGAACCUCCUGCUCCAAUUGCAGAUAACCUCCUGCCAACAUCCACUCCUCAGGAAGCUCAGCAAUGGCUGCACCGGAAUCGCUUCUCAACGUUCUCACGGCUUUUCACAAACUUCUCGGGGGCAGACUUAUUGAAAUUAACCAGAGAAGACGUCAUACAGAUAUGUGGUCCUGCAGAUGGCAUCAGACUCUUCAACGCCUUGAAGGGACGGAUGGUACGGCCAAGACUGACUAUCUAUGUCUGCCAAGAAUCACAGCAGCUACAGGACCAACAGAAGCACGAAGAUGGAGAUGCAGCCAACAGUACUUUCUUUGUGUACCAUGCCAUCUACUUAGAGGAGUUAACGGCUGUGGAGCUGACUGAAAAAAUCGCUCAACUCUUCAGUAUUUCCUCUCAACAGAUCAGCCAGAUCUACAAACAAGGGCCCACAGGGAUACAUGUCCUCAUCAGCGAUGAGAUGAUACAGAACUUUCAAGAUGAAUCAUGUUUUGUCUUGGACACAAUGAAAGCUGAAACCAAUGAUAGUUACCACAUCAUCUUAAAAUAGACAAGGACUUGAACUUGUCGCGUCUUCCCUCACCUGCACAGCUUCAUUGCCUGUUUCAGUACCUGGACACCAACAGAAACCCACAAAAGCAACAAACUCAUCUUGCUACCACAGUGUGUUGCCUCCUGUUAGGUGAACAAGCCGUACUGUACCAUUGCUGGCAUGCUGUAGACCUCAGUCGUAAGCAGACUGUGGCUUGUUUGGAGUUCAGUGAUAUAGCUACACCCAAUUGCCUGUUAAAAUUGCCAGGUUGACCAGUAAUGGAACUUUGCAAUUAUGUGUAAUGGGGAAAGUGAGGGAGGGAGGAAGAGAAGAGUCUGCCUACAGAUUGCAAUUGCAACACUUCGAUAGGUGACGACUUAAUAUUGUGAUGAUGGAUCUCUGGUCACCCUUGAAAAUGAACAUCUACCUUGGGGAGCCUCUUGAUGACCUGUCUUAGCUGUUCAAGCUUCUUGGAUGUAUACUUGGCUGAUAGAACCAAGGGGGUUUCCAGUUUUUUGACCAAUGUUCGGUAAAGACUUUGUUCCUAUUCUGACUCUUUUAGACCUUGUUUUAAGUGUGUGUGUGUGUGUGUGUAAAUGUGAGUGAUUUGUGCCUGUAUGUUCUGCCAGUAUGCAUUAGGAGGAAAUUGUGGGUUUAUGAAAUCUAGUAUCCAUACAGUUACCUGUGGCUACACUCCAAUUUGAAGAGACUUCAAAUGCAAAAGAAGAAAUAAUGAACAGGAUGUCCUGAACUGUCUUAUGUUUGUUUAAAGAACCCAGCACCCUAAGAUGGAGCAGAAAGGACUACAUUUAAAAAACCAUGUGUUCAGCUUAUUUAGGAUACAUAGAACUGAUGCAGGUUUUUGAAUGAAAUUCCACACAAAGCCAUAGUAGCAUUGUCCAAGAAAGGGCUCCUACAGCAAUAGCUUAGAAUGUUUAUUGAAAAGCCUGUGAAAGCUCCAUGGUGACAAAGUGCCUGCGUAUCUGUUUCCAGGGCAGCAACCAAUCUCUUGGGCAAAGGCCUCAAACUCCUGAAAUGGAUGCCCAAAUGCAUUUUCAUGAGCCUUGGAAAGAAAAUGGAGUACUGCUGCAUAUUCACUGAUGAUGCCCUAAAAUUACAGGUGGACAAUUUUUUCCCCUGAGAGAUGAAGCCAACUUCUCCCUACAUCUUCCAAUCCUCCUCGCAAGGUGACAAAACUCUGCAAACUGCAACCUUAUUCUGUGACACAAUGACAGUGUGUAAUGCACUGUCAAGUCUUCAAAAGUAUCACAGUGGCCAUAGAGCUGGAAGCUGAUGUAGGCUGUGCUUAAUCUAACUCUGAGAGAGGGGGAAAUUAACUAACUUUCAUUUUAUUAAACGAAACCUAGUUAUUUUUCCAGGAGCACCAGAUUAUUUGAGGAGUUAUAUUGUUUUUUUCAUGAUAUUUUUUACCAAGAGUGAUUUUUUUUAAAUUUAAGUUAGGUUUAGUAUGUUGCCUCACAAGGAAUCUAAACAAGGAGGCAGGAAAGUGGAUCAGGUAAAGUGAAAUAAAGUUAAUUACAAAAUGAAAACAGUGACUUGCAUCUCUACUGCUCUUUAAGAAGAAACUAAAAAGUCAAUUGCUAUCAUUAUUGGUGUGUGCGUUUGUAUGUAUAAAGAUUACAUUUAUUUUCAGGUGAUCCCAAGUUCAGUUGCCUCUGGGGCUGGGAACUUAUAGCUAUGGCAUAGCCCACCUUCCAGGAUAGUAGCAACCCUAAGUUGGGAUUUUAUUUGCUUUAAGGAAUAUCAAGACUCAGCAGACAGUAACUUCUAUUGUGCAGUAGAAUGCUUGAUCAGAUUGGAAACUUUGUUGCACCCAAAUUAGUGAUAGCCCAGAGAAGUUCACAUUUUGGAAGCCAAACUUUACUCAUUUCACUUCCUGGUAACAGCUGGCAUGCGCAUGUGUAGGCACACAGGCGGACGGAGUUGUGCUACCAGUUGACUGACAGAGAUUUCCCAGUGAACCAUAAAGCUGUGAACUAGCCUCUUUCCAGCAUUAAUCCAGGAUGGUACAGGCCAAUGACAGAGCUUGGGCUGCUGCUGAUUUUGAGGUACAUUUCCAAAAGCAACUGACCUGAUUUUGACAUCAUGAUCUCAGUCCAAUGAAGCAUGGUUUAUCAGAACAGGAACAAGUCAUGUGCCUGUACCCUUGCCCCUCCUUUUCCCCCUAGCCCUUGCUCACCCAGCUUCAGAGCACAUAACCUUGUUCCUUGGUUCCCUGUGGCUUUCCUGGGAAAUUAUGGCUUAUGGACUCCAUCUAAACCAGGAUAUAAAAUAACUAGGAUCAGACUGAGAUUGUGACUUCUGAAUUGGCCAUUGCCCUCUCUCUAGUCAAGUUUGUCAACAGUAUGUAUUUCUUAGUGCAGAAAUGGCAGCAUAAACCUGUGCUGUAAAACCACUUGGGUGGGUGGGUGGGUGGGUGGGUGUGGAUGUGUUCUGCAAUCAUCAAUGAGGAUAGCUCACAAGCUUGCCAGUCUUCCUGGUGCUGUAAUGGUUUGUCAUGUCUUUUGUUUAUUUGUUUUGUUUUUGCUAAACCAUAGAAUGAAACGAUGAAUUCUAAAA